CCGCGCGGUUGCCGUGGUGACGCGCGGUGUUUGCGCUCGCGUGCGUCCCCGAGCGCCGCCAUGGCCUGCGCUCCGCGGCCCCCGCCCCUGCCUGCCGCGUGCAGCUCGCCGUCGGCGCCCGAGCAGCCGCUGCGGGUGAAGGUGGUGGGGCUGUUCAAGAGCUCCAGCUUUCAGGUCGCCAAGAGCACGGCUGAGAGUCUGAAGAAUACUUAUCCAUCAAAAUUCGAAGAUUCUGUGAUAGUUCCUCUUCAAGAAUUUGCGUGGGAUCAAUAUCUACAGGAGAAAAAACGGGAGCUCAAGGGUGAAAUCUGGGAAUAUUCUUCGUAUGUGAUGUGUUUUCUCAACGACCAGUUCCUGGGGGAUGCGUUUGAUCUGCAAAGAUGGGCCCAGACGGUGUGGGAUGUUGUGGAUGUGAAGCCUCCGGCACUGUACCAAGCCCUGACUUUGGAUUAUUCCGCUAAAUUCCUACGAGACACCAAGCAUGAUUUUGUGUUCUUGGACAUUAGUAUUGAUUUGUUUCCAAUUGGAAGAUUGAUUUUUGAGCUAUACUGUGAUAAAUGUCCCAAAACAUGUAAAAAUUUUCAGACCUUGUGUACAGGAAAAGCGGGAAUUUCCCAAAGAGGCACAACGCUGCAUUACAAAGGGUCGAUUCUUCAUCGAGUAGUACAGAAUGGCUGGAUACAAGGAGGAGAUAUAGUAGCUGGAAAAGGAAAUGAUGGGGAGUCUAUUUAUGGACCAACAUUUGAAGGCAGAUGUCAUCUGUGGUCAUGUCUGCCGACUCCCACUCCUGCUGUCUCUCUGGCAGAAACACGCCGAGGCCAACAGGCUCAGAUGAAAACUUUUCAGUUCCUCAUAAUAGGAGAGGAGUUCUUGGAAUGGUCAACAAAGGCCGUCAUAGCAACGGGUCACAAUUCUAUAUUACACUGCAAGCAGCUCCCUAUUUAGACAGGAAAUACGUGGCAUUUGGCCAUAAAGAGCCAUAAGACAGCAGUGAGGGGAGCAGAACACCCGUCCCUUCCCCUCCACUGGCCUUGAAUGCAGGCUGGCUGGAGCUGCAUCGGUCACUUUGUAACCACGACAGAAAGGCCAAGAGAACUGCUGAGCCACCAGCUGCUCUCUCCUGAGCUGGGAGACCCUUAACAUCCACACCUCUCUGCUUUUGGACUUCUUACUACAAGAGAUAAAUACACUCUUUGCUAUGUGUGUGACUUAUUGGUGGCUAUUUUGUUACAGCCACAAAAAUGUUCUUAGUUUCUAAUAGUCUUUGAAUCCUAAAACACACAUAAUAAUGUUCUUGUUUCUACCAUAAGAAAUUAACCAAGUAGCAGUAAUGCAAGAAAAGAAAAGUUCAGUGUAAUGUUCCAUUGUUUAUGUAUAGUAUCAACAAGGGUACUUAUACUUUGAAUGUUUUUCUAUGAUAUAGUCCAUUUUUCUCUGGGACACACCAACCACAUAAAAAUCAAGGGUGUGGGUUUCAAUCUCCAUGGUGGUUAACCCAUGUGACAUCAUCAGAGAUCCACUUUAUCAGCUGCUGCCUAAUGUAGGGUUCUCCAACCCACACAUGGCUUGGGGAGCUUGUAAAAUACAGAGGGCUGAGCCGUCUGCAUUUGACCUCCUGAGUCAGAGUCUGUAGCUGUGGGAAUCUCUAGGUGUGAGACAGGGAUUGUGUGUUCAUUUCAUGCUCUUCUCCAUGGUGUUGGGGUUGGUUUUUAGAGACAGAGUUAUACUACGUAAUUCAGGCUGGCAUUGAACUCACUGUGUAGCCCACACUGGCCUCGAACUCCUGCUCUUCCUGCCACAGUGCUUCAGACCCUGCAUGCUGGGAUUACAGACAUGAGCCACUAUACUUGGCUUCCCAGUGUUUACGUGCAUAGCAGUAGUCCACUGUAAGCCAGAAGGUCUGUGUGCAGUUCCAGUCCCCUCGGAGCUGUCAGCCAGGUGCUUGAGUCUCCUAUUGGUAAACUCAUUCAGCUCCUGCCACCCCUCCACCCAUGUGGCCUUCUUCUCCCAGAGCCAUUGUACUCUGCUCACCCUGAGCAAAAGUUGUUUUGCCUUUCAAGGAUGAUCUCUCUUUAGUCCAAUUUUUUAAAAUAGAAAAACCAAUAAAAACAAUGAUAGAGAAUUUCAAAACAAGAUAAUAGGAGUUUAGCAAUGAUUGAUAUAUUGUGUUUUGUUAUCUUCAAAGUAGUUGCUCAGACUACAAGAUAAGGGCAUGAAAGAAAAAUUUUUUAAAAUCUCUUUUAUUUCAAAGAAAAAAAGAAAAGGAAAAAUUUCAAAACAUGUCAGUUGGGGCAACAAUGGUAUGUACGUUGUACAUUGUCAUCCUCAAAUCAUUUAUCCAGAGCAGAAGAUAUCUGCAUUCAACUGUCCCAACAAUACCAGCACAAAUCUUUCUCUUGAGUGAACACAGAGAAAUCAGUAGUGUAACUGUCUUAACUAUUUUUAUAUACAGAUACAUACAAAUAUCCAUGUUUCUUUCAGCUUCUCACACUAGUGAGACAAUAUGAUGUUUACACAUGCUUGUCUGAUUUAUUCACUUACAAGUAUGGUCUCAAGUGUGCAUUAAAAUUGAUAAGUAAUGUAAGCACAAA